AUGCCUACAUCCCAACUCAUAAAGCUGGUGCAAGACUCUCUUGAUUCAACUAUGCCUUACAUAGCCAUGUACAUCGCAGCAGCUUCCGCCGUCUGCACCCUUGCAAUGGCAGCCGAUGCAUUCAUCGCCUUCCGAACCAAAAUGUAUUGGCUCCCGUGUAACUAUUUCUCCCUCACCGUGUUAGCAGUCGCCAUGAAACUCCCCUUAGACCUAACCGCCUUGGACCUCAGCGUCAACGACAAGUUCGCGAGGAUUAGCAGCCUCGUCUUGAUGUCAACCGCUGUGAGUAACUUCAUGACCUCUUUAGGUUCAAUGGAGGAUAAUGAAAUUGUGCUAAACAUGGCCGCUUUAGGCAUUCUAGUCGUCACGAUUGCUGGUAAUGUAUGCAUUCAUAUUGCCAAGAUUCAUAGCUUUGAACCUCGGUUGUAUUUGUUUCUGCCCCAACAGAUUGCAACUGUUGUCAUCAUGCUCCUCUUUCUCACGAUGCUAUGUUGUAUGUCGCUGAUGGUCCCGGGAGCCAAGAGAUACAUAGGGCUGAGGUAUAAUGAAAUGCAUAAAUCAGUUUCGAAAAAUAGGCAAGUAGAGUGGGGAAAGUUUAGUAGUGAGGAACUUGAAAAUAUGGUGAAAGGGUAUUGGGUGAUGGCUCAAACUAGUAGUCCCCAGUUUGUUCUUGCAAGGUCUGCGAUUUCUUCGGUUUCUGGAGUCUUGUGUCUUUUCACAGCUCUAUUUUUGGUACAAGUUUGGUUUGUCAGAAAUAGGCUUGAAGCUCAUGCUUCCGGUUCCAAUUUUAACUUGGCAUAUCUUGAUUCGAACUAUGGCCCCUCCGUCUACUGGAUUUUAGCCAUUCAGACUAUUGGAGUGGUGAUGGGAACUCUUGCUCCGGUGUUGAGAUGGCUCGCUGCUUUGUGGUUCAAGAUUUCUGAGACGGAGGGAAGGAGCUUCAGAGAUGAACUCAAGGUUGACAAGUACUGGACUUGGAGGCUGGAAGAGUGGAGAGACAGCCCACUUCCGUUUCAUGUUCAAAACCGCGUAUGCAAGAAGAUACUUCGUGAUGUUCUAAGAUUUGUUCUGAACUUGUGCAUUGGAGUUCAGAUUCUCUUUGUUUCAGCUGGCAAACUAGUUCUAUUCAUCUCUUCUAGAUUUGGUAGUGCAGUUUUCUUUUGUUUCUGCAAGAAUAAAAGACCUGUUUCCACGGGAGCACAAGUGGAUUUUAGCCAAUAUGUUCUACUUGAAGGUGAGCCGCGGUUGCCUUAUAAAAUCCUCAAGAACAUCUGCAACGAGGCGGAUAAGCUGACAUGUGUAGGAGAAGAAAAGCAGCCAAGAAACUUGAUCCAACUUCUAAAGAAGUCUUCAAACUUCAAAGGGGUGGGAUGA